ACUGAAUAAGAAAAGUCGUCUGUGAACGAUUAUCGUCUAUUAACGACGUCGUUCAGAGUUACUGAAUAGGCCCCUUAGGCUACUCCAGUUAGUCUUCAAAAAUUGCCUAAAUUCUAACUAUCGUCAACAGCUGUCAAUGUCAAAAAAUACGUCAAAAUAAAAUUGAUAAUAAAAAGUGAGGUUGUGAGCUAAAAAAAAAAUAAAAACCUUUUAAAAAUAAUGAAUUAUUAUAGAAAAUGGGUAUAAGAGGACUUACAACUUUUAUACAAAACAGAUCACACUUGUAUUUGGAGGACUACGAAUUACAUGAUACAGAACUGGUUAUAGAUGGUAACUCCAUUGCCUGUCAACUUUACAAAUGGCAUGCUUCUUCAAAUGAUUGCUUUGGAGGUGAUUACGACAAAUUUGGAAAAGCCAUAAACAAUUUUUUUGAAGUACUAAAACAAUGUAACAUUACACCUUUUGUGAUAUUUGACGGAGGCUACGAAACAAGGAAAGUGGCCACAAUAAUCAGUCGAAUGAAAAAUAAGAUAAAAUCUGCAAAUCAACUAAACCCGGUAACAGAAACUUCUGUAUCAGUGUUUCCUAUAUUUUUGAGGAAAACCUUUGAACAUUUUGUCAAUCAAAGAGGUAUAAAUAAAGUAAGAUGUGAUUUUGAAGGUGAUACAGACACAGCAAAUAUAGCUAGAGCUUUGGGUUGUCCUAUUUUGAGCUAUGAUUCUGACUAUUUUAUUUUUGAUACAUUGUAUAUUCCUUUUCCAAAUUUUGAAAUGACUGUUAGAAGAACAAAGCUCCAAAAUAUUAAGACAUAUAAAUACAUUAACUGUAAAAUAUAUAGUGUAGAUAAAUUUUUGAAAUCAUUUGAUGGAUUAGAGAAGAGAAGUUUACCUAUGUUGGCUGUGCUUUUGGGUAAUGAUUAUGUCAAGAGGGGAGUUUUUACAAUGUUUUAUCAGAAUUUAAAGAUACAAAAGUGUCACGGCAAUCAGUCAGAUCAACAAAAAAGGAUAAAAUCACUUUUAAUUUGGUUGCAGAAUGAGACUAUUGAGAGUGCUUUAAAGAAGGUCCUUAGCAGAUAUAAAAAAGUCAGAAGAAACAAUAUUAUGAAAAAAAUUCAAGAGGCUAUUAAAGGUUAUAAUUCAUUAGAUAGCAAAUAUCUUAAUUAUUUUGAUGUAAUUCCAAUACUUAAAGAUAAGUCACCAAAAACUGACUUAGACCUAUCAAUUGUCAAUAAUAUACAUGAUGAAGAAGAAGGUUCUUCAUCAGAAGAAAAGGAAGGAUAUUCAUCAGGAGAAAAGGAAGAAAUUAAUAAUGAUGGUUCAUCAAGUGAGGAAGAAUUGGUUUUUGAAGAAAGUAGUUCUGAAGUAGAUGUUCCUCCUAAAUUUUUAGAAAAAUUCAGAAAGUGUAUUUACCCUCCUAGUUUUAUGGAUAUUUCUGUUCAAAAUAAAUACUAUUGUGUUCCACAAAUUGAAAAUAACUCCCUAGAACAGUCAACAAUGAUCAGUUUUGAUAUUUUAAGUGCAAUUCACAAAAUUUUAACCAACAGUGAUGAUAGGCCAUUAUUGUGUAUAGGACGAAAAGGAUCUGAACAUGUUGGUAAAUCUCAAAUACCUUUAUGUAAUAUUCCUGUACCUAGUUACAAUGAAAUAGAAACAUUAAGCAAAGAGUCUAAAGAAAACUUGAUUCUAGAUAUUUUAGAUAUAGAUAAUACAUUUUGCAGCUGUUUAAAAAUGUUCCCACAAUCUUGGCAUAUUUUUCUGUUAACAAUUCACUACUAUUUAAAAAAGACAUUGGCUGGUUGGCCCAUAAUAUAUUCUUUAAUAAUGAGUAAAUUGUUAUUGAGUUAUAUUGAUAAAAAAGUUGGGUUUUACAGAUCAAGUAAAAUAUUCAAUAAAAGGUUUGCAUCAUUCACAAGUAACCAGAAAACAGAAUCCUUAAAUACUGAUGAUAUCCAAACAUCUUUGGAAAAUAUUUCACAAAAUGAUUCUAUAGGAUGCUUGAAAGCUGUAAUUACUUAUUUCGAAAUGGAUGAUAAACUGACAAGGAAUUACAAAGCCUUUGAUAGGAAUUUGGUUCAUUCUAUUUCACAAUUCCAAAGUUGUUUGUUGCAUAUAGGCCAUUUAAAUAUACUUCUAGAUUUUCCAUAUUCAGAUUUUUAUAUGCCAGAUUUGUUAAAUAGCACAUUUGUUUAUAAUUUAACUAAUAAUUUGAAUAAAAGAACAAAUUUAGAUGAGUAUAUGAAAAUUUUGUUAAAAGAUGCACCUGGUGUUUUGUACAGUUUCCAAUGCAUCCUGGAUACACUUAGAAGUUAUAUUAAAAUCGAAAUGACUCAGCAGAUAGCUAUUAAAAAGAGAAAGAAGAAAAAAAGGAAAGCCAAACUCGAGGAAGAAUUUGAAAAUAUCCAAUUUGAUUCUGAUGAAGAAGUCGUUUUUGAUCCUAAUAAUAAAUUUGCUGUACUUGGACAAUCUUAAUAAAUAAUUUGUUAAAAAAAAAAUGUUAUAUAAAUAAAACAAAUACACAUA